AUGGGAGUGCUGGAGGAUCAAGGGACAAUGAGCUCAGCAGAGCUUUUGGCCUUCGGCCUCAGCCAGGAGACCAAUGAGGACCCGCGGCAAACCUUGCUUUUGCGGUCUGUGCAAGACUGCUUCGGUCAGUCCGGGCUCAGCAAGGAGGAGCUGCGGAACCAAAGCAUGGGCUUCUUUUGUGGCUUGUCUGGCAACGAGAUGUACCAUAAGCUGGUUUCGGGCGAUUUGAAGUCCAUUGGCAGAGCUGCACAGGGCUUGAUGAGCAAUGCGGCCAAUGUCAACCGGCUUGCCUGGUACUAUGCGACCAGAGGGCCCAGCAUUUGUGUUGACACGGAGGAGUCUUCUGGUGCAGCAGCCAUGGAUACCGCGCUGAACUACCAACGUGAGGAUCGCUGUAGCAAAGCCAUCGUUUGCAGCACUCAUUUGAUCCAGCACCCUGUCUCCUUGAUUGUUUGCUGUGCCAUGGGUCAGCUGUCGACGACCACCCGCGGACGUGCCCGGCGUCCUGAGACAUUGUUGAAGACGCAACGCACUUUGCGCUUGACUUUAGCUCUUGGGGUGGCGCUUACGGUGGCCCCUGCUAAGAGAUAUUUGCUGGCUGUGAGCUCCCAUGGUCCUGGCUUCUACCAGGAGGACAAUUUGCAUCGUUACAGCCGAUGCUUGUUUGUUUUGCGCCAUGCUCCUGAAGUUCCGAAAGAUAUUUUUGUGGGUGGCCAACAUCAUCCAACCAUUGUCGUGGUGAACCACAGGGAGCCACACAUGCAGAUGCCACCAUCGCAGCCGCCACCAUGGCCCAGAAGGAAGAUCGCGGACAUUCCUUUGCAGCCAUUCCAGGACACCUCUGCUGAAUUUGUGCGAUUGGAACGGCGCACUCCGCAUCAUUUCGUGCUGCCCUUCUUCGAUGUGAACAUUGGACAUGCUAUCAAAAAUCAGGGCUCCAUGAAUCAUAUGCAGAGCUACCAAAUGCAAGUGCUGUUGCGUCCUGGGGACGUGGCUAUCGAUGUGGGUGCCAACUUGGGUUGCUACACAGUGGCCUUGGCAGAGGCAGUGGGACCGAGGGGGCACGUGAUUGCCUUUGAACCAUUCCGAUGGCUCCAUCAAUUGGUUGUUGCCAAUGUGGCCAUCAACGGCCUGCAAAAUGUAUGGCCAGUGAAUGCCGCCUUGGGGCAGGCUGAGGAACGCAUCCUGCUAUACCCCCCGCAGCUACGCUUCUUCUCCUCGCCUGGCGGUGUGCGGAUCAAGGGACAACAGGAGGAGGUCCAGGCCAAGCACCAGCACGAGGCCUUUCAGCUGUACGACCUCAUGGCCCAAGAGCCGGAGUCUGUGCGUGUGGUUCGCUUGGACGACUUGCUGCUGGAUGGUGAAAGGGCUCAAAGCUGGGCGCUUCCAUUGGUGAAGGAUGUGCGGCUGAUCAAGAUAGAUGUGGAGGGCAUGGAGGUGGCGGUUGUCCAAGGUGCCUUGGGAUUGAUCAGUCACUUUCGACCAAUCAUUUGGGCAGAGAACAAUGCUUACUUUGACUCUGGCGGAAAGGACACUGCCUUCCUGCAAGCCUUGGCCAGCGUGGGCUACCAGUGUGCUCGUGCAGACUCUGCCCCGGGUGACGUAAUUUGCACCGAUGCAGGAGGCCAAGGACAUCAAAUUCCUUGA